AUGCGCAAUUUGGCCGGCCUCCUGCACCGCCGUGCUCAGAUGGCGGCCUCCGCACCCGCCGUCGGCGUCGGAAACCGGGUCCACCAGAGCUUCGGCCAGCUCUCUCUCCGAUCUGCGCAGCUGGCCGAGACGCUCCGCUCGGAGCACGGCCUCUCGGCCGGCGAUACGGUUGCGCUGAUGAUGCACAACGUGCCCGCCUUCUUCGAGGUCUUCUGGGGCUGCCUGCACGCCGGGCUAACAGUGGCGCCGCUCAACGCCAAGCUGCACGCGAAGGAGAUCGCCUUCUGCCUUGGCCGCUCCAGCGCGCGGGCCGUCUUUGCGGACGGCAAGCUACAGUCCACUGUCGAGGACGCCGUCGAGCAGGCGGGUGGGACCUCGAGCGGCGUUUCGCUCCUGCGGGUCGGCGACGAGCAGUACGCGUCGCUCUUCGAGAGCGACGCUGCGCGCGCGCUCGAGGGCGCGCCGGCGCACGCGCUGCUCGACCGGGUGGCUGCGGUGGAGGCAGGCUCUCCGGCGUGGCUCUUCUUCACCUCUGGCACGACCGGCAUGUACCACAUCCCGCACCUCGCCGCGGGCGCGUGCAACGUCGUCCCCGCCUCGGCCGCCUUCGACCCGUCCGAGGCGCUCGGCCCCGCGCCGCCGCCGCCGGGGGCGGGAGGUGCGAGUCGGGAGGGGCGAGCCUCGCCCCUGCCGCAGGUGCUCCACGAGCUGCUGCCGCGCUGGGCGGGCGCCUGCACCUUUCUCGCGCCGACGAUGCUCCACCGGCUCUGCGAGGCUGACGCGGCGAGCCGCGCGAGCGGCGAGGCGCUCGAGCAUCUUCGGACGGUCGUGGUGGGGGGCGGGCCGCUGCACGUCGAUCUGCUGCGGCGGGCGAUGGGGAGGUUCGGCGAGGACCGGAUCGUCCAGGUGUACGGGAUGGGCGAGUGCCCUAUGACCAUCGCGCACCUCGGGCGGCAGUGGCAUCGCGGGGCCGACGAGGCGUUGCUGCGGUCGGUCGGUUGGCCGUUCUCGCACGAGGUGGAGGUGAUGGUGGCGGGCGAGCAGGGCGAGAGGCUGCCGCACGGCUCCAUCGGCGAGGUGUGCGUGCGCGGCUCGCCGGUGAUGUCUGGCUACCUCGGGGACGAGGAGGCCACCCGCCGAACCUUCUUCCCCGGAGGCUGGCUCCGGACAGGCGACUCGGGCCGCCUCGACCCGACCCGCGGCUGCCUCACCCUCGAGGACCGCAUCAAGGACAUGAUCAUCCGCGGCGGCUCCAACAUCUACCCGCGCGAGGCGACGGCUCGGCCGCACCCUCCCCGCACAGCCCGAGAUGUGGAGGAGGUGCUGCUCACACACGAGGCCGUGUCCGAGGUCGCCGUCGUUGGGGUGCCGCACCUCGAGUGGGGCGAGGAGGUGGCGGCGGCGCUCGUGCCGCCGCCCGGCACGCGGCGCGAGGCGAGGGAGGCGCUCGAGGCGGAGCUGGACGAGCUGUGCCUCGCCUCGCUCGCGCGCUUCAAGCGGCCGCGCGCCUACCACUGGCUCGACGAGCUACCCAAGAACAGCACGGGCAAGGUGCUCAAGCGGGAGCUGCGCGAGCUGCUCGCCGAGAAGGCGGCGGGCGAGGAGCCGGCGGCCGCCGCCGCGUGA